AUGUCUCGGCAGUCGGCUUGUAGAAGCUUUGGAGGUGGUAGUAGAAGGGGCUACAGCUCUUGCUCGGCCAUUGGUGGUGGCUUUGGAGGAGGUGGCAAUAGAAGCAGGAUCAGCUACAGCUCCUACUCCACGUCCAGGGGAUUUGGAGGUGGUGGACAUUGUGGAGGGUUUAGCAGCAGGAGCCUCCAUAACAUAGGCAGCAGCGGAAGGAUUGCCGUGGGUGGAUGUUAUGGUGGUGGAGGCUAUGGAGGCAGAAUUGGCUACGGUGGUGGCUUUGGAGGACUGGGUGGUUACGGUGGAGGAGUAUGUGCUGGUGGAAUGAGUGGGGGAGGAAUGGGAGGCUUUGGUGGACCAGGAAUAAUUGGUGGAGGAAUGGGAGGCUUUGGUGGACCAGGAAUGGGUGGUGGAGGAGUGGGAGGUUUUGGUGGCCCUGGAUUCCCUGGAGGCAUCCAUCCAGUGCACGUUGACUCAAGCCUACUGCGGCCAGUCCAUGUUGAGAUCGACCCCCAGAUCCAGCAAGUGAAAAACCAGGAGAAGGAGCAGAUCAAGACUCUGAACAAUCAGUUUGCCUCCUUCAUUGAUAAGGUUCGCUUCCUGGAGCAACAGAACAAGGUCCUCUCCACUAAGUGGGAGCUCCUGCAACAGCAAGGGCCUUCUGGGCCAAGGAAGAACCUCGAUGUCAUCUUUGAAAAUUACAUCCAGAACCUGAGGAGGAAACUGGACUGUCUCGCGGGACAGAGGGGAGAGUUGGAGUCUGAGCUGCAGAGCAUGCGCCAAUAUGUCGAGGAUUACAAAAGCAAGUAUGAAGAAGAGAUCAACAGGCGCACCGCUGCCGAGAAUGAGUUUGUGGUGCUCAAGAAGGAUGUGGACUGUGCCUACAUGACCAAAGUAGAGUUGGAAGCAAAGGUGGGAGCUCUGACUGAUGAAAUCAACUUCCUGAGGAACAUAUAUGAGGAGGAACUGGCUCAGAUGCGUACAAUCAGCCAGGACUUGUCCGUGGUGGUGUCUAUGGACAACAACCGUCACCUGGAUCUGGAGAGCAUCAUUGACGAAGUCCGACGCCAGUAUGAACAGAUUGCUCAGAGCAGCAGGGCUGAGGCUGAGGCUUGGUACCAGAGCCGGUAUGAGGAGCUGCAGAGCACUGCUGGAAGGCAGGGGGACAACCUGCGCAAUACCAAGGUAGAGAUCCAAGAGCUCACCAGGAACAUUCAGAGGCUGCGGGCUGAAAUCGACAACGUGAAGAAGCAGAACCAGCAGCUGCAGGCAGCUAUUGCUGAGGCAGAGGAGCGUGGGGAGAUGGCCCUCAAGGAUGCCAGGAGGAAACUGGAAGAGUUGGAAUGUGCCCUGCAGAAAGACAAGGAGGAGCUGGCUCGCUUGGUGAAGGAAUACCAAGAGCUGCUGAACACCAAGAUUGCACUGGAUGUUGAGAUUGCCAUGUACAGGAAACUGCUGGAAGGAGAGGAGAGCAGGUUGUGUGGAGAUGGCAUGAACAACGUGAAUGUCUCUGUGGUUGGCAGGACCACCAUCUCUGGAGGCAGAGGAGGCAUGGGAGGAGGCUUCGGAGGUGGAAGCGGCAUGGGAGGAGGCUUCGGAGGUGGAAGUGGCAUAGGAGGAGGCUUCGGAGGUGGAAGUGGCAUAGGAGGAGGCUUCGGAGGAGGAGGUGUAUGUGGAGUAGGAGGAGGCUACAGUGGUGGAAGCUUGGGAGGAAGCUGCGGAAUAGGAGGAGGAAUUCACAGUGGUGGCUUCUCUUCUGGAAGUGGAAGAAUCUGCAGCUCUGGAGGAGGUGGCGGCUAUGGCCCCAGUGGAGGAUCCUCCUCUGUACGGAGAUGUGUCACAACCACCUCUGUCAAAUCUUCUGGCGUGCGGUUCUGA